AUGUUGCACACCGAGCCAUCUUUCUGCAUUUAUGCAGAUGAAGACGGAUGUCUUCAAAAUGAGAAAAGGGAUUUAGAGACGAAAAGUUCAAAAAAAUCGGACAGUAGUGGUGAAUUCUCUUUUGCAGAGAGAAGUAUGGGAUUGAUUGUGGAGGAUGAAGAAUCAAAUGGAUUUAAAAAUGAAGAGAUUCAACCACCGAGUCCUAAAAUGUAUCUUGCUACAGGGUUUGGAAUCGAUGGUAUAGGUGGCACUGAGUUUACACCAACCUUGUUCGAUGACGAGUACUAUAAGAUGAUUGUUGAUCAAGAUCCUUACAAUCCUCUCGCCUUGAGGAAGUGCGCCCAAUUUUUACAGUCCAGGGGUGAUCUUACUGGAGCUGAGGAUUACUUCUUGCGUGCUACACUUGAAGACCCUAAUGAUGGUCAAACUCUGAUGCAGUAUGCUAAGUUUGUCUUGGAGGUUCAUGGUGACCAGGAUAAAGCCUUGAGUUACUUUGAGAAAGCUGCUCUUGUUGCUCAUGGAGACUGUAAUAUUCUUGCAGCAUAUGCUAGCUUUCUGUGGGAAAUAGAUGAAGAGUGCGAGCAUGGUGGUGCUGUUUCUGUAGGUGCAGAGCCUGUGUUGUAG